AUUGCAAAAAUACAUUAGCCAAAAUUGAUAGAGAACCGCAGAGCAUACGGAUACAGAACUACAGCCACUUUCACAGCACUCAACCAGAGGGAGAGAGAGGCCAUUAAAUGGUAAGAGUGAAAGCGAGAAGCUUUUGCUUUUUAAUGCCUCUCUCUCUUCAGAAAAGCUUGAUUGUCUCUCUUUCUUUCUCACCCAUCUUUUAUCUUUUCUGAAAAUCGUGCUUUCUUUUUCUCCCCUUCUUUUUUCCUCUCUCUGCUGUCUUCGUCUCUCUCGGUUUUCUCUGUAGUUUUCCUCUUGUGGGAGGGGGUGGAGGAGGCAGUGAGCUAUGCAGCAUGAGUUGCGAAUGGUGAAAUGGCCGUGCUGCCGAUGGCUAUGAUGGCUCAGAGUAAGAGCAAUGUUAACACCAGCGCCGAAGUGAACCCUGUUUUUCACGAUUUUCUAGGCAUGAGCUGCGCCUCCGAUGCGCCUGUCGCUGCACCCCCCAAGACCGCCGGCUGCGGCGCCGAUUUCCGACUCUCUGAGGCUUCUCCCUCUGCUUCGGCCUCUGUUGGGGUUUCCUCCGGCGCCGGCCGCGGCCCCAUCUCCACCACUUCUGAUCUGGGUUCCGAGAGACAGGUUGGAAAUCAUUUGGAGGGGGUUCCUUUUUAUGGGCUAAGGAGUGAUCUUUCUGGGCAUGAGGUUAGUAACAGAUUUACGGGAAGUAAGCGGAGCAAUUCGGAUUCUACCUUUAUGGGAUCAUCUAGAGAUGGGUUUCCACAAAUGGCAUCAGACUCACUUGAGAGCUCACAUUUGAUGAAGAUGCUUAAAAAUGGAGCAGGGGGGGAGCGGCCUAGAAGGUCCGCAGAUGAGGAGCUCCUGUUUAGUGUGCAGCCACUGAGGCCAACUUCUGCCUCUCUUAUAUUGCAGCCACCCACUUGUGGUAGAUCUGAUGCCAAUCUUUCCAAAUGGGAGCGAUCAGCAGCAUUGAAUGUGGGUCCCACAACACAGUAUCCUCCACGAACAAGUCAUUUUGCACCUUUUGUGCAUCAGGUCCCUUCAAACCGAUUCAGGGAUGCCAAUGCAGGUCCUUCCAUAAUUUCUCGAUCGGCAGCUGAUGAAGGAUCAAGAACUGGAAUUAAAGGGUCUGGAAUUUUAAGUUCCAUCAAAGCGUGCACUGGAGCCUCUGUGUCUGCCUCUGCCUCUGAGAGAAACCUAUCUGUGCUGCCUGCAAGUGGCAGCAGGCCAAAGCCUGGAACUCAUGCUUCUGAACCAGAAUCUUCCACCCCCCCAAUUCGACAUGGAUUAACAUCUGUCAGUCGGCAGAUGACUAUAUUUUAUGGCGGUCAAGCUCAUGUUUUUGAUGAUGUCCACCCAAAUAAGGCAGAUGUAAUUAUGGCCUUAGCUGGGUCAAAUGGAGGAUCUUGGUCAACAACGUAUUCACCAAAGCCUUCUGCAAAGCCAGUCAAUGAAAGUUAUCUGCCCAAUGGAGAAAACGAAUUGGCCAUGACCAGUAAUGCAUACUCGCAGGAAUUUCGUGGGAGGUUCACUGUCACUGGUAAUUCUGGUCCUGGGACUGGUCCUGGUGAUCGAAUUACAGCACCUGCUGGCCAUCGCAGUGGUGCUGUAACUAGAGAUUCCAGAACCCCAGCGCAGGCAAGAGAACCUGUUACUGAAGAGAAAAGAUAGUAAUUCUUAUCAUUUCAUUUUUGAAAGAUAAGAACACUCUUCUUUCCCUAGGUGAAGGGUUGGAUGCCUCUUUUUCAAAAAAGUGGGGUGUUGGUUACAAAGAUCAUCGAUCAAAAUUUUGGCUAGUCAGAUCUGCUUAUGUUACCAAACCUACAAGGGUUGGAAGGAGUGAGUUAUGUUUGGGAAACGAAAUGAAUGGAUUCAGUUCAUGGAAUAUCAAGAGAUCCCGGGCAGGCGCCUCCGUACUAGGAUAUUGAGCUACUCUCUUGUUUUCAGAAAUCCUUGUAGUUCUGAAGCUUGAGGUAUUUGAUGCUUGUGUGGUACUCUAUAUCUCUCCUCAUUGGAUUAAGUGCUUCAAAUUCACAGUUCAGCAAAGUCAAGUCUUGGGUCAUUGGUUUUCUACAACAAAAUGAAAUUGCAAAAUUAUUGCCCCUCUAAUAGAUCUCUCUCUCUCUCUCUCUCUCUCUCUCUUUGGUAUCAUACAUAUUUAUAAAUAUUCACUUUGGUUCCUACAUGAGGGGCAAAUUUGAAACAACAUUUUGCAUUGACACAGAAGCUGGCAAGGGCAGGCCUUGUAUGCCCCAUGGGAAUUGCAUAGUUCUGUUAUUUUUGUUCUAUCAAUAUCUUGAGCAGAUUAUGACUUCA